AUGAGUCCCUUAUACUCCACAGCAUUUGUGGAUAUCAACCCCAUCCAAACUGAACCUCCAGCAUCUGAUGAAGAAAACAUAACGUGCUAUCCAAGACAUUCAGCAAAUGUCGUGGAGAGUCUCAACAUUCUCCGACAAAAGCUGCCAUCUGAACUCGUCCUGGGGAUUCUAGAAUUUGCAGAGUACUGGGUGUCAUCUGUCAUCUCCAGAGAAGAGAGUGUGGGAUAUUCUCCACGCGACUGUCACGAUCCAACCCCAUAUUUGACAUCUGAGCCAAUUCAAGGCGAAGGGUUUCCCGUUCGAAAGAUCAGGAUCAAUAUCUGGAGCUGUGAUGUAGGAUGGAGCAGUCAUAGCGAAGACCAUGGUACAACCAGAAACUCUUGGACAUGGUUUGAUCUUGGUAUUGAAAGACCACCGGGACGAGAUGAUAUCUGCGAAGGUGAAAACCUACAUCUAAUGACCAAUCUUCUCGCCGCACGUGAAAUCACGCACCACCGGAUUAUGUACCACAGGAACCAGAAUCUACGCUGGAUGCAAAAUCUUCAACCGGGUGAUCGAAUUUCGAUUGUGCCAAUGGCGCGUUUUCGUGGCUCGAGGAAUACCGUGAAAAAAGCUUCUAUCGAGGUUUACACCUCCCCUCUUCUGUGA